AUGCAUUUUCUGUGCUGUGUCACCGCCGUGGCUGACAAAAACACGGUGGUUGUACGUCAUCAUCCUCCCGGAAAACGUUCCUCCAAACUACAUAAUUAUAACAAUAGUGAUAAUUUGGAUAAUGGAAUUUGUGGAAUUUUAUACAAAUGGGCAAAUUUUGGUAGAGGAUGGAGGCCUCGUUGGUUUGUUCUUCAUGACGGUGUGCUUUUCUACUAUAAAAUCAAUGGACAAGUUUUUAAUUCCGAAACACAGAAUGGCUUCACUGUUGUAGGGAAGAAAUCAUUUCGUUUCAUCAACACAUGUAAAACAACUCCAUCUGACCAAUUCCUCCCUCGAAAACCAUUACGUGAAAUACACCUUAAGGACUCAACAGUAAUGGGAAGUUGUUCAGACGAUCGAAGGUUUUUGAUAAUUAAUGGGAAGAAGAAGCUGCAAUUGAGGGCAGAGUCGAAGGACGAUAGGUUAAUAUGGUUGGAAGGAUUGUUUGGAGCAAAGAAGGCAUUUAUAACAAGUGAUUUUGUUCAUAUGCCUAGAAUGAACAACAAUUGCAAGGUUGGAACUCGAGAGAGCGAUAUGAAAGGAGGAAACACAAGCAGAUCGAACGAAGAGCAUUAUAGGCAGGAGGAGAUUGAUGAUGAUGUUCACACUGAUAACUUGUUUUUUGAUGCUCUAGAUUGUCUUUCUACGUGUUCCUUGAGAACCGCCAAUUGUUAUGAUGAAAGCUCAUCUUUUGAUUCAGAUAAUGAGGAGGUUCAUCCAUCUGAAGAUGGUCUUAGUUCUUUUAUGAGAUUUGUCGAAUGUGACUACCCUUACAUAGAGCGAAGAGAGAAAUUGCCUGACCCCGUUAACGAGGAGAAGGGCAUAAGCCUUUGGUCAAUGAUCAAAGAUAACAUCGGGAAAGAUCUAACUAGAGUUUGUCUUCCUGUCUACUUCAAUGAACCCCUCUCUUCUUUGCAGAAAUGUUUCGAAGAUUUUGAGUACUCUUACCUUCUUGAUCAAGCAUAUGAAUGGGGGAGAACGGGAAAUAGCCUUAUGAGGAUGCUUAAUGUUGCAGCAUUUGCUGUAUCAGGAUAUGCUUGCACAGAAGAUAGAAAGUUCAAGCCAUUUAAUCCAUUAUUGGGUGAGACAUAUGAAGCCAAUUACCCAGACAAGGGACUACGUUUCAUCUCGGAGAAGGUAAGUCAUCAUCCCUUGAUUCUUGCAUGCUACUGUGAAGGCCGCGGUUGGAAAAUGUGGGGAGAUACCAAUUUAAAAAGCAAAUUUUGGGGUCCAUCAAUUCAACUUGAUCCAGUUGGUGUCCUUAACUUAGAGUUCGAUGAUGGAGAAAUGUUCCAAUGGAGCAAGGUAACAACGUCCAUCUACAACCUCGUUAUAGGGAAAGUCUAUUGUGAUCACUUUGGUACGAUGCAUAUCCAAGGAAGUGGUGGCUACUCUUGCAAGCUUAAAUUUAAGAAGCAAUCCAUUAUGAAUAGAAAUCCACACCAGGUACAAGGAGUUGUACAAGAUAAGAGUGGAAAAACAGCAGCAACUGUGUUUGGGAAAUGGGAUGAAAGUUUGAGUUACUCUAAUUUAUCGAUGGAUUUAGGACAAGAUAUGGCGUAUUUGCUUUGGAAGCAAAGCAAACCAUCAAAUUUUCAAACAAAGUACAGCUUUACACGUUUCGCAGUCACACUUAAUGAGCUCUCUCCUGAUCUUGAGGAAAAGUUGCCUCCAACAGAUUCAAGGCUUAGACCUGAUCAAAGAUUUCUUGAAAAUGGAGAAUAUGAAGUUGCUAACUCAGAGAAGUUACGCCUAGAGCAGAGGCAACGUCAGGCAUCACAGAUGCAGGAAAAAGGGUGGAAACCAAGGUGGUUUAGAAAGCCAAAAGGUAGUGAUACAUAUCAGUAUAGAGGAGGAUAUUGGGAAGCUAGAGAAACUGGUAAAUGGGAAUCAUGUCCACAUAUUUUUUCUGAAGAAACUUAG